GUUUGAAUUACUUACACAAAGUAUGGGAACAGUGAUUAUCCACUUGCAUAUACUGUCAAGAAAUUUUGACAAAUUUGGAUGUCAGUUGUAAACUAAUUUAAUACAAAUUUUAAGAGUAACUUACCAUCAAAAAUAAAAACAAUGUUGUUCUUGCUACUAUUAUUUAUGGCAUAUAUCAAUGUAGCAUAUAUAGCAAAACUUGAGGAUAUAUUACCUUGUAUCAACGAAACAGGUUGCAAUGAAUCAAUAGAUUCAUUUAUAUAUACACAAAGUUCUAAAGUUAAUGAUCCAGUGUUAAGUAAUUCAUCAAAUGGUACGGAAGGAAAUGAUGAACACAUAGCUGUUUCCACAGAAAUAACCAUACCUUUUAGAAAAUUAAAUACAACAGAGCAACCUGAAAUACAGUCAACUGUAACAACGAUCUCUUUAACAACUCUGGACAUACCUUCAAAUAAUGAUAAAGUUCUCAAAUUUGAAGAGAGGGAGAUAUGCGGGUGUAAUUUGAUGAAAUAUUCCUGUGAUAUCAAUUGCUGUUGCGAUAUAGACUGCAAUAAUUUUCAACUGUCUGCAUUUUCGUAUUGUCAAGACCACCAUGCGAAUCUUUAUAACAGUCAAUAUUGCUACAAUUGGAAUUUUAUACAACGGAAUAAUACGUCUUUCAUUCUUGAAAAACUUACCAAUAAUUUGUUCUGCAUUUUAUAUGACAAUCUUCCAUCUGCAUACAAUAUUGACAACGAUUUGGUACUACAAAACGAAAAAGAUUUAUGGGAAGUGAUACAAGUGAUUAAAUAUAAAUGGAAUUUUAAAAAUCAUAAAACCAUACCCAAAUCUAAUUUAUCUAAGCGUUAUCAACAUGGUGACAUAUUAUGGAAAUUAAAUAACGAAUAUAUUGAACCAAUAGAACUUUUACAAUCUGGAUUUAAUGGGAUAUGCUCAUUUAAAAAGACUCUAAAAUAUUUGGAGAAUUGGAAAAGUACAUGCAUACAAAAUAGAUUAACAAAUGCUAAUCAGUAUCUGUUUCCUAUAGCAUUCAACAAUUUUACCAUUAUUAGUUCACUACCUUUGUUCAAUGAGACGCUGAUAACAGGACAGGUUUGCCGAAGCAAUGUUUGUUUACCAGUGAGGACUCAUUACUGUUUGAAUUCAUUUUCUGCAUGCAAUAAAACCAAAAUACCAGGAUUUUGCAUGAAUUCUACAUGUAUAAAUAUUGUAAAAGGUUUGAAGUAUAUAAUCGACCAUAACGGUUCCGCUGGUAUUAACAGUAUUGAUGCAUAUUUCAACAUGGGCAAUGUUUCUCAUACUUUCUAUCAAUACUUUGAAGUCCAAUACAGAUGGAUAAAUACGGAUAAAACAAAAAUCUUCGCUCGUAGUGGAAAUCCUGGCUAUUUAAUAGGCAAACCGAUUAUUGUUGGAUUAUCUCGCACCAAUGAAAGUGACGAAAUUCUUUUUAACAAGUCCGACGCAUUUCUUACAUUACCAUUGACUGGAAAGAAUGGAGAGUGCGAUAAAUAUAUUGUUGCUUUUGGUGAAGAUAUUAAAUUAAAAUGUUCCGUUAAAUUCUUUAGUAAAAAUUUCACCUCGACAUCUUGCUCAAAACUACAAAAUAUAACAAUGUACCUCUUAAUGAAAGAUUCCUUGUUAAAUAUGAGUCAGCGUUACGGCUUGUAUGUUUCUAAACUAGGUAAUUUUACUAGUACAGAUUUAAUGGACUGGUUGCGUAUUAUGUUUGAUAGGAUACCACAAAAUGUUGUGACUGCGCGCACUAUCGGAAAACAGAUAACAUGUUCAGGAUUAAUUACAUCUUUACACUUAGAUAUCCUUUAUUCCGCAUUACCAAAGUCGAAAACAUUGAUGAAUUAUAAAAUAUUGGGUAUCGGUGUUACGUUUGGUGAAGAACAGGAUAUUACUUGGUCAAAGUGUACAGUAAAAGAUUGUACGAACAUCCUUCAUGUUGAUAUUCUUUCCUACGUGAAUUUUCAUGACGUUUCGAAACCAUCUAAAUAUUAUUUUGUCGGUGGACCUAAUUUAGACAUUACAUUGCCUUAUGAUUUCUUUUAUCCUUUUUUGAAUGGCUCGAAAAAGGUAGAAGUAUCAAUUAUAUUAAUUGUAAUUGUAAAUAUAAGUAUAUAUAAGUAUAUUUAAGUACACAUACUAUAUAAUAUAUUGCACAACUUAAUUUUAGUUAAUAUGUUAAACAUCAUAUCAUUAGUAAUCAAAGAGAGUAAGGUGAAAUAAAAUUUGGAGAAAAUAGGAAGGACGAUAAAGAGGAAGGAGAAAGAAAGUAUAAAAUAUGAGAAAGCAUAAAAUAUGAGAAAAUAUAGAUAGAAGGGAAGUGAUGAAAGUGGGACGAAGAAGAGAUAUUGAAAGGUAAUACGGGAAAUAGGAAAAGAUUAUGGAAAGAAAAGAUAGUAGACGAAGGAAAAGAGAGAAAAGUAGAUGGUAAAGAGCCAAAAGGAAAGGGUAGACGAAGGAGUGGCGUUUUAGAACAUUAUCGGAUAUCCGAGAAGAGGGAUAAAGAAUUUUGAAAGGGAUUUAGGGAAUAAAAAGCGGUGGUUAUGAUAGAAACAUGGGCGAAUGAAAAAAUGUUGAAGAAUGCAAUUGGUUUUUAUCUUAUAGUGAAUUAUAAGAUCUUAUAAUAAAAUAACUAGUUUUUAUUUUAUAGUAAACACGUUUAGGUUUUUUUUGCAUAUAUAAUUUCCUACAGUUCUGCUUAUCUAAAAGUACUCAUAAAGAGAGGGCACAGGAAUCAGGAAACGGAUUCGAAUGGAAUAUAUUUCUAUAAUAGUUUUUGAUUAGUAGUAAAAUAUAGCAAAGAAUUAGAAUGUAACUCGCAGCUGUUUUUUGAGAAAAAUGGAUUCGAAAAAUAAACAACCAUACACUGGGAGAAAAAAAUAGUUGGAAUAACUAUAAUCUCACUAUAUUUUAUAGUUCGUAUUGGCCUCAAACAUAUAUUUAUAGUUCAUUUAAAUAUGAAGAUAUAACAGAAUGUACAUAGAUUUAUAGUCACCAUCUUACUCUAUAUAUAUAGUAAAGCACCCUUUAGGAAUAUAGUUACAUGCACCUAUAUUUGCUAAAUAUUCCAAUUGUAUUGAUUAUAUAAAAUAGUUAAUU